AUGGCUGUCGUCACCGCAGAGCACGUCGCCAUCGCAGAGCUGAUUAUCUAUAUCCCAACGGCUUUGCUCACCAUCUGGGUGGUUCUCCGCCAUGGCUUUCAUAAGCAGCUAGGCUGGAUUUACUUGAGCAUCUUUUCAGGAAUCCGAGUUGGUGGGGCUGUUAUGGAGAUCCUGAGCACGAAGAACCCAAACAAUGCAAAUGACAAAGAAUGGGCCUUGAUUUUGCAGUCCGUCGGACUGUCUCCACUUCUACUAUCAACAUUGGGUCUAUUAAAACGAGUGUUUGACGAGACAUCGCAGCAUGUGCCAUCAAGUCCAGACUCCAAACGCAACAUCUUUUUGCAGGUAUUCGCAUCUUUCGGCAUUACUGGCAGACUGAUGAAAAUAUAUUCGAAGAGAGCCACAGCCACAUCAAGACGCAGCAAGGUUGUUCAACUCUUGCAUCUGCCCGCACUUAUUGCCCUAAUCCUCGCUAUUAGCGGCGGAACCGAUCAGGCCUCCUCAGAUAUCUCGGACCAUGCUAGUGGCAAGACCAAGACCCGUGUUGCAAUCAUCCUCUUCCUAGCCAUCUAUGUUGCAACCUGCACACUAUGGACCAUCACAGUGCGGGAUAUUGGCAUCAUGGUAUCGAGUCAAAACCGGAUCUUUUUCUGCGUGCUCCUCGCGCUGCCUUUCAUCGCGAUUCGAAUUCUCUAUAGUCUGAUCAGUGACUUUGGGAACAAUCACCAAUUUUCGAUAGUCGACGGUGAUACUAGGAUUCAACUGGUGAUGGCUACACUUGAAGAAUUUGUCGUUGUCUUGAUGUACACAAUCGUGGGCCUGAUCACCCCCAAGUCGGUCUCGGUUGCUGGCAUGACCGAUUCCCGUCAACAGGAGACUUUCCGGACAACCGCGGAUGUUGAAAAUGGCCGUCGGCAUAGACAUGCUGAUCGCCCUCCAUAUGAUGAAGUUCCAUAUGCUCAGGCUGCGGCUCAAGAGGCCUAUAACCAACAGCAUGUGCGGCGUUAG